GAUCGCGCCUCACUUCCGUAGGAAGAAGCGCCGGGAAAGAUGGCCGCAGCUGCGGUUUGAAUUCCAGCGGCGCCUCCACAGCUGAACAAGAGCUGAGUUAGAUGGGGCGGGGACCUGGGAAGCUGGGCCGGUCGCAACAGCCGAGGGAUCCAGUGGCGCCGCUGCCACAGACAAUAAUCCCAUAGUUGCCUUUGUGUCCAUGAUGGACUCCGUGUUGGAAGAAGACGUCACUCUCCCCAGGACUUUCAGUGACUGCAGUGGCCUUGUUGCCCCUUCACCAGAUGACCGGGAUGGCAUCACUGGUGCUGGUUUGGGAAAUGGAGUGCUCCCAACUGUGUCAGAAGAACAGGUGUCUCCCACCAGAGCGCGGAACAUGAAGGACUUUGAAAAUCAUAUCACUGAGUUGAAGAAAGAAAACUUUAACCUAAAGCUCCGCAUCUAUUUCCUUGAGGAAAGAAUGCAACAGGAAUUUGCCGGCCCCACUGAACACAUCUAUAAAACUAACAUUGAGCUCAAGGUGGAAGUAGAAAGUCUGAAGCGGGAGCUCCACGAGAAAGAGCAGCUGCUUAUCAAAGCCUCCAAAGCUGUGGAGAGCUUGGCUGAAGGGGGCGGCUCUGAGAUUCAGCGGGUGAAAGAAGACGCUCGGAGGAAGUUGCAGCAGGUGGAAGAUCACUUGACCAAAAGGAUACUCCUCCUAGAAGGGGAUGUGAAAGCUGCCCAAGCAGAACUGGAAAAGGCCUUUGCUGGGACAGAAACAGAGAAGGCUCUUCGGCUGAGCAUGGAAAGCAAGCUUUCAGAAAUGAAGAAGAUGCAUGCAGACGAGGUGGACCUGUCUCUGGUCCUGAAGGAGAAAGACAGACUGAUUGAGGAGUUGAAGCUGUCUUUGAAGAGCAAAGAAGCUUUAAUUCAGUGCCUUAAAGAGCAGAAAUCUCAGAUGGCAUCUCCUGAUGAGAAUGUGUUAUCUGGAGAGCUCCGAGGACUUUUUGCUGCUCGGAGGGAAGAAAAAGAGAGAGAUGCUGAGGCUGCACAAAUGGAGGCGCAGAAGGAGAAAAGACAGUUUGAAGAGAAGAUCCAGGCUCUUCAGGAGGACCUAAGAGAGAAGGAAAGAGAAAUUGCUACAGAAAAGAAAAAUAGUUUAAAGAGGGAUAAAGCCAUUCAGGGCCUAACCAUGGCAUUAAAAUCAAAGGAAAAAGAGGUCGAAGAACUUAACUCUGAGAUGGAAGAGCUCAGCACUGCCCUGGCUAAAGCCAGAGAGGCUCCCCAGAAGACACAGACCCCCAAAUUCCAUGGGUCUGAAGACUUUGAGGCUGCUCUGACAGAGAAGGAAGCCCUUUUGGCUGAGCUGCACUCGGAAAACCUCACCAAGAGCUCAGAGAACCAUAGACUGCAGAGGAACAUUAAGAAGGUCACCCAGGAGCUGAGUGACUUGCAGCAGGAGAAGGAGAGACUGGAGAGGGACUUGGAGAAAGCCCAUCGAGAGGGGAGCAAAGGAGCCCGCACCGUUCACGACCUAAGAAAUGAAGUUGAAAAAUUACGCAAUGAGGUAAAUGAACGAGAGAAGGCAGUGGAGAAUCGUUAUAAGAGUCUUUUGAGUGAAAGCAAUAAAAGAUUGCAUAAUCAGGAACAAGUGAUCAAACAUCUAACAGAAAGCUCCAAUCAAAAGGACUUGUUGCUUCAGAAAUUCAAUGAAAAAGAUUUGGAAGCAAUACAGCAGCACUGUUAUUUAAUGACUGCGGAGGAUCUCAAGUUCAGGAGCGAAGGCUUAAUAACAGAAAAGUGUUCUUCUCAACAGUCACCAGACAGCCAACUCAUCUUCUUGGAGGAAAAGCAACAAUUAGACUAUGAAGAGCUAAUGCAGGUCUUAAAGAAGGAGCGGGACAUCUAUACCCACCUGGUGAAGUCUCUGCAGAACUCAGACAGCAUCGACAACCUGCAGGCUGAGUUAAACGCCAUUUUUGCCCUGAGGAAGCAACUGGAGCAGGAUGUGCUCUCCUGUCGGAAUUUGCAAAAGAUCCUGGAGGAGCAGAUCAGCGAAAUCCGGAGGCGGGAAGAAGAACCAUUUUCAUUUUAUAGUGAUCAAACAUCUUAUCUAAGUAUUUGCUUUGAAGAGCACAGUCGGUUUCAAGUGGAGCAUUUUUCUCAAGAAGAACUUAAGAAAAAGGUCAGUGACCUCAUAAAGCUUGUGAAGGAACUGUACACAGACAACCAGCACUUGAGGAAAACCAUUUUUGAUCUUUCCUGCAUGAGUUUUCAGGGAAAUGGGGGAGCUGAGUCAACAGAACAAAGAGAGCUUCUGCCUAGCAAGGAGGAUGAGGACACUAUCAAAAUUGAAGAGGAUGAUGAGAAUAAUUUCCAAAGUGACCAGCAUUUGGAGCCAAGUAAUGAGAUUAUGGAGGACUGUGCCAAAGGAGGCUGUAAAAAUGGAUAUUUAAGGCACACAGAUGCCAAUGUUGUAGACUACCAUGGUGCUCAUAAGGCUGGCUGCCCUGGAGACCAGAAUCUAGAAGGCGGCAACCUCUUGGGCCUACUUGCCCCUUUCUUCAGUGAGAAAGCCAUGCUGUCACCAGAAUCCAGAAACGGACCAGACCUUCUGAAAGCAUUACAUGAACUGCUUCUGGAACGGAUGUGCUUGGUGGAGCAGGGAGUUUCUGGAGAACACCUUGAUGGUCAAACUGAGAAGAAAGUUAAGCAAAUGGCCAUUCAGCUGAGAGAUGAACUCAGACAUUUGGUCCAGGCUAACUCAUUCACCAAACCACAUGGUGAACUGAAGUCAACGGGGGCCCAUUUGGUAAAGAUGGGUGAUGUGGCCAAGGUGGAGCUGAAAGACGCCUCAGUGCAGACUGUGCCCGUGGAGAAUCACCUGCUCAGGUUUGAAGGUGAAGGGAAGAGAAAGUGUCGGGAAGAGAGGCCAACAGAUGCCAUAUUUGGUGCAGAGAACAAGUGCGGGAUGCCAGGACAUCAGGCCACUCCCUUUCCUUGCCUAAGCACAGCCAACAAAGAUGUUAAGAGGUCCCGCUUGCCGAUCCUAGCAAAACCAUCCUGGUCAUUAGGAAAUACGUAUCAUCUUCCUGCCUCCCAGGGGGUGGUAACUCAUCUGCAGGGUCAGAUCUUGGAGUUGCAGGGGGAGCUGAAGGAGUUUAAAACUCAAAAUAAGCGACUUCACCAAAAGUUAAUUCUGGCUGAAGCAAUGAUGGAUGAGAGGCCAGCACCUGACCCAAAGCUACUGAAUGUGCCUACAGCUCAGCCCCUUAUGGGAGCUGCUUACCAGGACAGCUCAGGAGAGCAGAAAGGAACCAAAACCACACCCUCUGCCCAGAGGGACGAGGAGAGGAACUGUGACCAGCAAACAAGCUACAUGACCGAUUCUAAAGUUUACGCAGGUGAUGGCCUUGCCGUAUUACCAGCUUGCAUAGAGCAUCCUGAAGAUUUGCCACGCUCAACCUCAGUAUCUGCUCACUUGAGUUCUAAGAGUCAGCUUUCUGUUAAAGACAGUGUGAUUUGGACUGAUGAAUCCGAGAACACUGACAUCUCACAUGAUACAGAAUACUUAAAACAGAAAAUCCAUGACUUGGAAGCUGAGCUGAAGGGCUACCGGAAUUUCGUAUUUCAGCUUCACAAACAUUCCCAGUGCAGUGAGGCCAUUAUUACGGUUAUGUGUGGGACAGAAGGGGCCCAAGAUGGUUCAAACAAGAUCAAAGGCAGCACUGAUGAAGAAGAUAUGACCUUCUCAAGUUUGCACCAAGUACGAUAUGUGAAACAUAUGAAAAUCCGUCCAUUGUCCCCAGAAAUGAUUGAUGGCAGGAUGCUGGAAAGCCUAAAACAGCAGCUGGUAGAACAGGAGUAUGAGCUGCAGAAGGAGGAGAAUUUGAACUUGCAACUCUUCAGUGAAAUCCAUAACCUGAAGAAUAAUUUUAGAGAUCUCUCACCCUUGAGAUACGGUUCAUUAGUUCAGUCCCAAGCCAGGGAGCUCUCCCUUCAGCGGCAACAGAUUAAGGAUAGCCAUGGCAUCUGUGUCGUUUACCGUCAGCACAUAAACACCAUGAUUAAGGCGUUUGCAGAGCUGCUGCAGGCCAGCGAUGUGGAUGACUGCAUGGCCACAGGUUUCCAGGAGCAGCUGAAUCAGUGUGCAGAGCUGCUGGAGAAAUUGGAGAAGCUGUUUCUCAGUGGAAAACCAGCUGGAAUGGAACUGAGUCUCCAGAAUGAACCAGUAGAGAGGAUUGAAGAAGACAACUUAACCUACCAGCAUAUUCUGCCUGAAUCUCCUGAGCCUUCUGCCUCUCACGUGUUGUCUGAUGAUGAAAUAUCUGAGAAGUCCUCCCUCUCCCGAGACCAGCAGCAAGACGGUGCGACUGAGAAGGUGGAAAUGGGGAUGAACCAUUUUUCUCAAGAUUUGCUAAUGGAACACAUUCAGGAAAUUCGAACUUUAAGAAAACGUUUAGAAGAAUCUAUUAAAACAAAUGAGAAGCUACGGAAACAGCUAGAACGGCAAGGGUCUGAAUUUGAUCAAGGUUCUACAAACAUUUUUGCGUAUGGUUCAGAGCUGCACACUUCUCUAACAUCAGAAAUAUAUUUCCUGAGGAAGCAGAACCAGGAGCUCAACACGAUGCUAGUGAAGGGGUCUCAAGAUAAACAGAAGGAGAAUGAAAAAUUGCUAGAGUCCGUCUCCAGGAAGGCUGCAAGUCUGGAGCACCUUCAGCAAGAGUAUGCCAGUGUGAAGGGGGAGAACGAAAGGCUGCAGAAGGAAAUCAGAGAGAAGGAGAGACACAACCAGCAGCUGCUCCAGGAGGUCCACAGCGGCCGCCAGGAGCUGAGCAGGGUGCAGGAGGAGGUGAAGUUGAAGCAGCAGCUGCUGUCCCAGAAUGACAAGCUGCUCCAGUCCCUCCGAGUGGAGCUGAAGAUGUAUGAGAAGCUGGAUGAGGAGCACAGGAGGCAACAGCAAGAGGCCAGAGCAGAGGCACUGGGAGCAGGCUCAAAGGGACAGAAUCCUUGCAGUGAUCUGCACAGCCUCCUGACAGAGAUCCAGGCUUUGCGAGGACAGCUGGAAAGGAGCAUCGAAACCAACAGUACACUGCGGAGCAAGCUGGAGGAGCAGCUGGCACAGGGGCCCAAAAAGGUCCAGGAAGGAGCCCUUCCUUUGCCUGCCCACGUCCUGUCCAUACUCAAGGGGUCCCUUCCUCUAGACCAACAUGAUGGUGACGAAUAUCCCAUGGCAAGUGAUAAUUCAUUUGAUCUGUUUGAUUCUACCCAGACAGUAACACCAAACUCAGCUUCAGAGAUUCCUCCAUGCUCUGGAAAUGAUGUGGACUCCCUGUCCUGUGAUAGUAGCAGCUCAGCAACCACUACCUCGCGCAUGCCCCGCCCAGUCGCUGGCCACCUCCCGUGGGCCAGCAAGAAUGGCCGCCAUGUCCUAGGCUUAUUUGAGGACUAUGAUGCCCUGUGGAAGCAGAUCUGCCAGGGCCAGCAGCUCCUUGCUGUGAUGGACAUUCAAACCCAUGAGGCUCCCAGCCCCACAAGUCAAGAGCUGGAGACUAAGGGUCCACACUCCACAUCUCUGAGCAGAUUUGUCUCCAGCUUGAGCACAACCAGACAGAUCCUAGAAGAGGCCUCAAAGUCCCUGAAGCUCCUCUGGAGAGUCUCCCUCCCGACCGAUGGCCAGUGUGCCCUCCACUGUGGGCAGGUAAAAGAAAUGAAAGCAGAGAUCACCAAACUACAUAAAAAACUGUUUGAACAAGAGAAGAAGUUGCAAAACACUGUGAAGCUUUUGGAGCAGAGCAAGCACCAGGAAAAAGUCAUCUUUGACCAGUUGGUCGUCACCCACAAAGUCCUGCGGAAGGCCAGAGGAAACCUGGAGCUUAGGCCCGGGGGGGCCCACCCGGGCCCAGCCAGUCCCAGCAGACCCGGCUCCUGAGGACAACUGCCAGCCAAUAAAGCCAGUAAAGCUUGUGGUACCAGAUCACACUGUGUCUGUUUCCCGUGUGGCUCUUCUUGGUGGAGGAAGAAAGGGCUGCCUGGCCCUAGGAAAUCUGCCCUUCUCUCAGUGUUUUGACCCAAGUUAGCUUAAGGGUGGCCAUUCCAAAGGUUCAGGGGCUCUGAGAAGAGGGGUUAGGGAGGCCUUGCACUUGGGGAUGCUGUGCUGGGUCUGAUCUGGGCAGGAAUCCGGGGCUGCGGCUGUGCCUGUUGGUGGCUUCACAGGCUGCCCUGAGUUUGCCUGUCCUGGCCAGGGCUGCGAUUUGAAGCUCUUCCUUAAAUGACUCAUUUCAUUUCAACGUGUUUUGGGGAUUGUGAGGAACCUGAGCCCAAACUCUCAUCCAGGA